GGGGAGGGGAAGGUGGUCCCUCACACAGGGUGGGUGAACAACAUAGAGCAUCUUGCGACCACAACAGAGAUAAGAUUUCACAGGAAGCAAAAAUCACUAGCCAGACUAAAGACUGGCAAAGAAGGCAGUGCCUGCCCCUUUCAGCAGAUGUUCUUUGACGCUCUAAGAAAGAAUUCCACAAGGAGCAUUUGUUUUGGCAAGCAGUUGUGCCCUGAAUGAAGGAGCUGUUCCGUCUGCUAGAGGUACUGAAUUGAUUGCAGAGGGUGAACCAAAUCAGCUACAGAGGAUUGUCUAUUCUUUUUAUUCUUGAAAAUUCAUAAAAGCAGAAAAAAAGAAAAGGACUGAGACUUGCUAACAAAGAUGGCAGACAGCUCGGACUCUCAGAAUGUAGACACCCAUGUAGACCCCCAGCCUGAGCAGGAAGUCGAACAAACUGAACCACCAAAGUCAGCUCCACCCGAGAUAGUGGAGGUGACGAUUAUCAAUGAGGAGAAACUGGAGAAUGGUGAUAUGGUCGUCAUCAAAUCUGCCUCAUGUGACUUGAAGGCGAAGAGGAGCAGCAUGUCUCCCUCCUUGAAUGACUUGAAGGCAUCAGGCAGCUCUAAUGGACGUCCACGCACCGGCAGCAGAUCCAGCAAGUCUGGGUCACUUUCCCACUUGCCUACAGGGGCUGCCAACUCACCACGACCCAGCUUGUGCCGACAAGCUUCAACCACUACAGCUAAUGGGCAGGAAGGGGAGAAGCCACGGGACUAUCUUAUCAUUGCCAUUCUAUCUUGCUUCUGCCCUGUGUGGCCAGUGAAUAUUGUGGCUUUUGUGUAUUCCAUCAUGUCCAGAAACAGUCUUCAACAGGGAGAUGUGGAUGGUGCCCGACGUCUUGGUCGUGUCGCUAAACUUCUUAGCAUCACAGCGCUGGUGGGCGGAGUCAUCAUUAUCAUUGUCUGCAUCAUCAACUUUGUGUUUUUCAACCAGUGAAGAUAAGAUGCCAUGGCUCAGUACUGAUGGAGCACUUUUACCGCCCAAGAACUGAUGACAAACAAAGCAACAAUCCAGUAAUAAGCAAUGACCAUUUGCCAUUUGAGGCUCUGCUGGUCAUCACCACACACAGCAACACCUUCACAUGUGAGGGAGGGGAGGGGAAAGUAAUGAUAAAAUGCACACUGUGUGCAAGUUAAUGAGAAGCAGAAAGAUGGAGCCAGAGAAUGAACCGGUAAAUGAACAGAAAGACAACUUGAUCACAAUUUAAUGUUUGUAAUGAUUUCAGAACUGUGGAACGUGUGUUUGUGUUCAGCCCUCCCCUCAACACCGCCAAGUCAUAUUGUAACUUCGGGUUUAAAACAUUCAAGCAUGCAAUCUGUAUAGUAUCUCAACAGUUUCGAGCUGUCAUGUUCUUUCACACCUGCCUGCUGCCCAUCUUAUUCACUUUGUGGAAUGAACUGUUUCACAGCUUGUCUGUUUACGUAUAUAUAAGGGGGAAAAAACUCUCAUGAAAAAAAGAGACGUUUACAAAACAAAGAUAACACAGACUUUUUGCUAUACUGUUGUACCCUGAUCAUAUGUUUUUCCUGCCUUUGACAGCACUGUUUUCCUUGCCUUGGACACCACAUCAGCUGCCACAUUGAACAAAUGCAGCUUUUCCCACGAUGAGUUGCACAUGUUGCCUGCCUUUGAAAACAUGUUUUUCUUUGCCUUGGGCCUUGUGAUAUUUCUUCUUCUUCUUUUUCUUUCUGAGCAAAUAAUCUCCAGUUUUGGACAAAGCAUUGCUUCCUUUUGUUGACCGUUUCUUAUUUUGUGCACUUGGAUCACACACCUUUCUAUCCCUCCUAAGUAUAAACUCAUGGUUACCUUUUGAUAUGCAUGCCUUGCCUUGCACUGCCUACCAGAGUGGUCUUAAUUGGAGCCCUGACCCGUACAGAUUUUCCAGAUGCUAAGUAUCACUUCUGGUUUUGUUUUUGCAUUUCAUUUUAUUUCACUUUCUUGCUUGUAUUAAAAAUAAGAAAAAACAGCAAACGUAGGCUAUAGUAACCUUCCCUGUUGGCACCAUAUAAUUUUCUCUGGUAAUAUCAACAUGUGGUUCAAAAUGCACUGUAUUUUACACCAUGCUGUACCUCAGGAUACAUAAUUACUACAGUGACAUAGAAUACACUGAAUACAUGCAAACUCAUUCUAAUCUAAUGUUUCUGUGAUUACAGCAGCAAAAUCAGAUGUAAAUUCUUGGUUACACCAUGGAGGGUACAAAGUACUCAGACCAUGAUUUAGACUAUAUGAUCAUUAGCAAAUGUUCACAUUUGUCAAUAUUUUCUACCAGAUCAUGAUAAUUGUGGGAGCAGAGUGCGUAGGUAACUGACUUAAGGAACCAAACAAGAUUUUUUUUGUUUCCCCUGUUCUUUCAUUGACCUUAAGCCCUUUUCUUAGUUGACUCUCACAGAGUUGGGGAUAAGGCCAUCAGAAAUGCGACUAAGGAGACAAGCUUUUAUUUAUCUUUGUGAAUUAGAGUUUGAGUGGGGUGAGUAAACAUCCCUAAUUUUCCAUUUAGAAUAACUGGAAAUGUUGAGUUUUGCUGCUUUUCAAUCUAUUAGAUGAUAAUGUUAAAUGAGUUCUCAGCACUGCAGCACAUCUAAUAUGCACACAUAUUGUUGCCCAUAAUAAACAAGCAAGGGGUAAUACAGUUUCUUAUAGCCAUGCUUAUCUUACCUGGAACUGUGAAUGUUGUUCCUGUAAAUGGUAACUUCUCUAGAUGGUCAUAUGGUACAGUCAUGAAAGCAUUCUACAGAAUAUGUGUUUUAUACUUAACAUAAAAACGUGCAAGGUAUGAUUCAAAUGCAAAGCCACAUUCAAAUUUAAGACUUUUAAGGCUGUGGUCAACAGCAUUUUCUUUAUAAGUUCCAGAAUAUUCUACCUGGAGCAGAAAUAGGUGACUGGUAGCUGUUAGCUGCUGCUGGUGGUGGUGGUGAAAAUUCUUGCCUGUGGUGUAACUGCUGCAUCUGUACUAACAUAAGUUGUCGUAGUUAAUCCUCUUGUGUUUUUGCAAAAGCUAACAACAUUUUUCAGUCUGCAUUAAAUUAAAUGUGCACGCACAUGCAGCAGGCAUAGUCUUGUACUGUGGAUAUAUUGAAAAAUUAGUUAUUUGACAUUUCCUCCAGUUUGUCACUUCUGCAUUCACAUUAUUUUCUACAUACUAUCAAAGGCAGAUGCCUAGUUAAAUACACAGAAAUAUGCUACAGAAACUCACUGCUUUUGGGGCAUUUUCUUUAACAUAUUCGAUUUCCCACAGUGCUUUGCUUCUUUCUCCAUCUUUUUUACCCUAAAGUCCAACUGCUAUGCUUAGCAUAUGAUAUCAUCAAUAACAGUAUACUGGAUUUUUACUAAUGUUAGGACCACAUUUAGUGACAUGAUUGAAUAACUAGUUGUAUAGAAAAUGGAAAACAUUGCAAUCAAGUUUAUAAAACACACCACCUGGGAGCUCUAAGCACACCAAUACCGUAGCUAUAGUAUCACAGAUAGGUACAGCUCCUCCCUAAAGAAUGCAUUUUUGCAGAUAAUGUGACUUCCCCCGCAAGUAUGUGUUCUUGCAAGUAAGGUGAACUAAAGUCCCAUUCUAUCAGGAAGAUGAAUAAGAAAUGUGUAAAUCAUCUACUGAGGCGAUUGCUAUGUAGUAGGCUAGACUGUGAGUGGAGGAGAAGGAUGUCUGCUGGGUGAUCGUGAUCCAGAUCCAGAUGUUUGAAAACCCUAAUUCAUCUGAGGCUGGUGGGAUAAGCAACAUGAGCAUCCAAGGCAGUGGGAGGUGGGGUGGGGCAGCUUUUAUUACUCCAGUAUAGCUACCUGGUGGUCACACAUAGCAGCAGCAACGUCAGUAGCACUGUCAGCAUUGUCGGGGGGGCGGGCAGUCCACAGGGGGCUGGGAGGGCAUCACACCUGUCAGUAGACAUACCUUGUGUCCUUGGGGUAAGACACAAAACACAGAGAUGUCUCUUUAACCAAAAUGACCAAGGCUAGAUGCUGACAUAAGAGCAUUUUGCUGGAGGUUAAGCAUAACAAGAAAGAUAGAAAACUCACUUUUCCUCUGAUCCCCUUAAUCCAAUGAGUUCUACCUCCUUUGCUUUCAUCUUCCACACAAUAAUACUGGAGAGUUCAUCGUGGUAUGGCUUAGGAUGCUACAUCCUGCGACUUUAGAUGUUAUAGUUCAUGUCCCAUAAAUAUUCCUAGAUUAUCCACUGAUAGUAAUGAAUCCAUGAGCAGAUCUGAUCCUUGACAACUGAGGUCAUGUCAAUUUGCUUCACUUCAUCAGAGGACACAGUUACAACAGCAGAGAAUCAGGUAAUUGAAUGGAUAUAGAAUCCACUGGCAUCAGGGACAGUCAAGGGAUUUGGGAUUUUGUAGUAAUGGAGCAGGAAUAAAGAAUUAGAAAUAAAAAGUAAAAAAAACAACUUAUAGUACUUAUGAUGCAGGCACAGGGUGCAGACCUAAAAAAAAAAAAGUCAUGCUUUUGGACUGUGUGAGUUAUUCUUCUGUAUUGUAACUCAGCAUUAAUGAGUUUAGAUUAUUUCCCAGUGAUAAAAAUAAUUAGUACAAGGAGAAAACAAACAGUAUAGGUCUUGUCAUUGAUUGAUUGAUUGAUUGGUGCAGUAUGGUAAAGUAGUCAAUCAUCACAUAAUAAUUCCAUAUCUCACAGGGGGCAUUGUCAGCCAUUAGUAGCCAAGUCCUUUAGCCAUAUAAUAUCUUAUUUAUGUCCAUUGCCUCCUCUGUGAACAUCAGUUUAUGCCCCGGACAGUUCCUCCCUAGGACCACUGCUAGAUGCCUGUUUUAGGCCACACAGGCAUUUCACAGCAGCUAUUUGGGAUACCCUGGUUGUUGCUGCUGUGAAAGUGCCUGGAGGAGGGUGGCACACCUAAAAUGAAGUGAAGAGAAAUGUUCUCCUUAGACAGGAGGAGGGACAUAUAACAACUGCCCUGCCCUAGGGUUACACAUAUACAGAAACACAUACACAUACAGACACACACAAUUUAGUUACAAGCAGAGGUCUCUUGACUAUAAGAUCUUUGAAUCUACCUCCCCCAGAUAUGGAUAACCAUCAUUUGGUGUGCUAUCCAUUCUACAGCUGGAUCACUCACCAGUAUCUGAAUCUGCAUCUGAACCCAGGUCACUGCAAACAGAAUCCCAGCUCUGCAUUGGCAGACUGGUGGGCAUAUAUAACAUUUUGUGAGGGCUCACUCUUUGCAUGAUACUGUUUUGCAGCCUUGGUAUAACCUAAUAAUUAUCCCUCAGUAUUGGACCCCCCACCCUCACAAAGAAACAUAAACUCUGCUAGUUUCAGUAGCCUAACUGCUACAUCCUCUUGCCUACAAUGCAGUUUCACCAGUGUAUUGGUCACACAAGUAAUUCAAAGUGGUUGGAUAUGUAUUUCAUUUGUUUUUGUCACAAAGGAGUCCAUGUGUGUAACCAUGCUAGUGACCUUCAUCUUCCCCUUUUCCAUUAUCAGAACCAGAGCAGUCCGCGACCCCCUUAACUCUCUACUAACAUUAGGUACCAUGCAGGUAAUGAGCCCUCUAACCUUUCUUUUUUAUUUUUAUGAGUGGGGAACAACAUUCUGGGCACUUCUUCCUAUUGAUAGUUUCCUGGUUUCCAGCAGCUGAAGCCUGUAUUUGAAAUUAUUUGGACACAAUGAUGCUAAAAUGUGGCAGUCACAGCCUUAGCCCUAAAUACCUCUGGUCUGUCCCCUGCAAAUUAUUCUCCACUGCUCUUAGGCUGUUUGCUGCCAUAUUGAAAAAGAGAUGGUAACAGAAUUUAAAGUAGAGAAUAACCGUAGAGUAAAACUCAGUGGUGUACUCAAUAUCCCUUCAUAUUCUUUUAUGCGUUUUAUUGUGCAAAGCACAAACAUGACUGCAGUAACAUGCAGUUUAAAGCUCUGUUUAAAUAAUUCUUGUACUCUGUGGUGCUGCAUACCUGAUGUGUAAAACUGUUUGCUAAAGCAUGGUGUAUUUUUGUGUGGAUAUUCCCACAUGGAUUUUGCUGUAAUUCCUCUGAAAAGGCAACUGUAUGUUAACUUCUUUAUUGAGCAAAACACAAAAGAAGACAGAAAUCUGAGAAACAAUAAUGCCCCCUCCACUGAAAUAUGUUAUUGUAUUUAGACUUGAUAUACUAAAAAGAAUGGAUAAUUCUUGGAAGAAUCAAUCAUGGGGAGAGGACUUGAAGAUACUGUUCUUCUCCAGCUCUGCAUGUCACGUGAGAAAAAUGCAAAAUAGGUUUGGAUUGUCUUUGUUCCAUGAAUUUCAAAAAAGACAAAAAGGAUAGUAUGUGCAAACUAUUUCUGUGUGGGUGAGGGGUUGAGAAUUUGUUGUUCCAGUUCUGAAUAUAUUUGCAUGUUGAAAUGGGGGGAUAAGAGAUUUAGUAGGAAAAUGUAUGGAAAAAUGCACUUACAGAAACAAACAGUAUUUACUGCCUGACUGUUACAUUCCAUUUCCUUCAGAUGACUUCAUUUAGAGAACUUGGUUUAUGGGGAACACCACACAUUUCAAUCGCCAACUGAGGCAGAGUGAUUAAUUGGUUAGAGAUUUUUUUUUCUGUUAUGAAUACAAAUCACCGCAUACACAUUCAGUCGAUAAGCGGCACUGCUGACUGUCUUGUAUGACAGACCUGUCAGUGACAGUAAUACUGCCCACCAGUAUUCUAAGGUCAGUAAAUUAUGAAAAUCUAAUAAAUUACAACAGAUUGUGGUUUCAGAGAUGUUAACUGCAAGCCCCAAUGGUGGAAAAAUGCAGAGCUAAAUGCUGAGACCCUACACUGCUAAACUAUGUAUCGUACACUAUUUUCCUACAUAGUCUGAAACUUGAGUAAUGCUUUAAUAAGUGAGUGACCAGCCUUGAUUUGUGCAGCAAAGGUACUAAACUGAAAAAUCUUGGCAAGUAUGCCAUGCACCUAAAUUAUGCCACACACCUUGAUUAUGUAUUUUAACAACCAUAACAAAUCUGCAUUCUUUGAAAAAAAUCUAGCACACUUUUUUUUAUGGCUGAAUCCUUCAGACUAUAAACCACCUAACACUUUUGAAAUGUGUUUGUGACUGUUAAAUAGCAAUUUUUCCUAGCAGCAAUGAAAAUUAUGGUCUUGAAAUCUCACAGCCAGUUUUCUUCCAUUUAUUUAAUCAGAAGACAUGCUGUCAGAAAGAAACAUGUAUGCUAUGUAUUGUUGAACGAGAAUUGAUGUGCUGGAGCUAAUUUAUUACAGUACAAGCUAGUUAGUUUGAUUUAAUUUUCAGCGUUGCAGUCUUAUUAUUCUGGUACUAAAAGGAGCUGAAUAACAAAACUUUCUAAUAUACCAGACAGCACCUAAGGUACAGAAAAAAAAACUUGGCUGUAUUUUUUAGGAUAUAGUUCCCCAAACAGAACCCAGACUUCUCUACCGCAAGAAAAUUAUGUCCUGGAGCUUUCAAUUUUAAGAAGUGCCUCAUUGCCAAUGUGAACAAAUUUACUGCUUUAAUUUUUUGUCUAAUAAAUGCUUAAAAUUUC